AUGGCUGUUUUGUCAAGGCAACAUGCUUCACAAGUCCUGGUUAGGAGACGCCGUGCAAAUUCAUUGCUUGAAGAAACGAAAAAAGGCAAUCUUGAAAGAGAAUGCAUUGAAGAACUGUGCAAUAAAGAAGAAGCCAGGGAAGUCUUUGAAAAUAACCCGGAAACGGAAUAUUUUUAUCCAAAAUAUUUAGGUUGUCUUGGCUCUUUCAGAGCUGGGUUAUUCACUACUGCGCGUCUGUCAACUAAUACUUACCCUGACCUGAGGAGCUGUGUCAAUGCCAUUCCAGACCAGUGUAAUCCUCUGCCAUGCAAUGAAGAUGGAUAUUUGAGCUGCAAAGAUGGCCAAGCGACAUUCACUUGCAUUUGUAAAUCAGGUUGGCAAGGAGAAAAGUGUGAAUCUGAUAUAAAUGAAUGCAAAGAUCCUGCAAAUGUAAAUGGAGGUUGCAGCCAGAUUUGUGAAAACACACCUGGAAGUUACCACUGUUCCUGUAAAAAUGGUUUUGUUAUGCUUUCAAAUAAAAAGGACUGCAAAGAUGUGGAUGAAUGCGUUUUAAAGCCAAGCAUUUGUGGCACAGCUGUGUGCAAGAACAUCCCAGGAGACUUUGAAUGUGAAUGUGCUGAAGGCUACAAAUACAAUCCCGUAUCAAAGUCUUGUGACGAUGUGGAUGAAUGCUCUGAGAACUUGUGUGCUCAACUUUGUGUCAAUUACCCUGGAGGUUACUCUUGUUACUGUGAUGGAAAGAAAGGAUUCAAACUUGCCCAAGAUCAGAAGAGUUGUGAGGCUGUUCCAGUGUGCCUUCCUUUGGACCUUGACAAAAAUUAUGAAUUGCUUUACUUGGCAGAGCAGUUUGUAGGGGUCGUUUUGUAUUUAAAAUUUCGUUUGCCAGAAACCACCAGAUUUUCAGCUGAAUUUGAUUUCCGGACAUAUGAUUCAGAAGGUGUUAUCCUGUAUGCAGAAUCUUCUGAUCACUCAGCUUGGUUCCUGAUUGCGCUUCGUGAGGGAAAGAUUGAAAUUCAGUUUAAGAAUGAAAAUACAGUCAAAAUGACAACUGGCGGCAAAGUUAUUAAUGAUGGUUUAUGGAAUAUGGUCUCUGUGGAAGAAUUAGAACAGAGUAUUAGUGUAAAAAUAGCUAAAGAAGCUGUAAUGAAUAUAAAUAAGCCCGAAAGCCUUUUUAAGCCCACCAAUGGGUUUCUAGAAACCAAAGUAUACUUUGCAGGAAUACCUCGGAAAUUGGAGAAUGCACUCAUUAGACCGAUUAACCCUCGUCUAGAUGGAUGUAUUCGAGGCUGGAAUUUGAUGAAUCAAGGAACUUCAGGAGUAAAGGAAAUCAUUCAAGAAAAACAAAAUAAACAUUGUCUUGUCACUGUGGAGAGGGGUUCCUACUAUCCUGGUACUGGAGUUGCUCAGUUUAGCAUAGAUUAUAAGAAUGAAUCCAAUCCUGAGGCUUGGCAAAUCAAUGCGUCCUUGAAUAUUCGCCCAUCAGCGGGCACCGGUGUUAUGUUGGCCUUGGUUUCCGGUGACACAGUGCCCUUUGCCUUGUCCUUGGUGGAUUCCGCCACUGAAAAGCUUCAGGAUAUCCUGGUAUCUGUUGAAAGUACGGUAAUAGCUCGGAUACAGGCCAUAAGUCUAUGUUCCGAUCAGCAAACCUUUCUGGAAAUCAGAAUCAACAGAAACAAUUUGGAACUAUCAACCCAACUUACAAAGGAUAGCUUCCACUCUGAAGACUUUCAAAGACAAUUUGCCCUCUUGGAUGAAGCAAUGAAAGGAACAGUGGCCACUUACCUGGGUGGCCUUCCAGAUGUUCCAUUCAGCGCCACACCAGUGAAUGCCUUUUAUCAAGGCUGUAUGGAAGUGAACAUUAAUGGUGUACAGUUGGAUUUGGAUGAAGCCAUUUCUAAACAUAAUGAUAUUAGAGCUCACUCGUGUCCAUCAGUUUGGCAGAAGACAAAGCAAACUUAAGGCAUUUUUUCUCUGCUGAUAAUAUCUUUUACCUGUGUGUAAUUAUACUUAUGUUUCAGUAAUAGCUGAAGUGUUUUACCUACAAUGUGCAUAUCUUGAUUAUUUUGUGGUACUUUAACCUGCCUGAAAUUUUUAAAAGGUCCUUUUUCAAGAAAACAAGAUUCUCUUGUGAUAUGAAUCACAUUAAAAAAUAUUCUUACCUCUAUUGCUGUCUAGAAAUUAAUGAAGCCUAUAAAAAUUUUUAAUUUGAAUUUUUUGUGACAAAUGACAUUUUUUCUUUUUUUAUGUUUGUAAAAGUAAAGUUUAAUUUUAUCAUCACGA